AUAUAGUAGUACUAUAUAAAUAUCUUUAUCACAACAUUCACGAGUACUCAAUUUGCCUCUUUUCUUCCUUCUCUUCCAUUUUUCUCUCAUCCCUAAAUCCGCAGAAGUCUCUGCAUCGAUCUCGAUUCUUCUACCAUCUUGGUUUAUGAGCUCAAAGGAGAAACCCACUCUCGGUGGCACGCGGAUUAAGACCCGCAAACGGAAUAUUGCAGCGCCUCUGGACCCUGCAGCAUUUGCGGAUGCAGUGGUCCAGAUUUACCUGGAUAAUGCUGGUGAUUUGGAACUUGUUGCUAAGAACCUUGAGUCUUCAGACCUCAACUUCUCAAGAUACGGUGAUACCUUUUUCGAGGUUGUCUUCAUUGGAGGCCGUACACAACCUGGAACAGUCAAACUUGAUGAAGGGGAGCGCCACCCUUACUCUGUGAUUGAGUGUGAACCUAAACGUGAAGCCAUUUUGCCAUCUGUCAUCUAUGUGCAGAAGAUAUUAAGAAGGAGGCCGUUUCUUAUAAAGAACCUUGAAAAUGUCAUGCGAAAAAUGUUGCAGUCAUUGGAGCUCUUUGAGGAAAAUGAAAGGAUUAAGCUCUCAAUCUUUACAGCCCUUGCUUUUUCCCAGAAGCUGUCAGGCCUUCCCCCAGAGACUGUUCUCCAGCCAUUACUCAAAGAUAACCUUGUUGCCAAAGGGCUAGUUCUCUCUUUCAUCACAGACUUUUUUAAGGAAUAUCUGAUUGACAACAGUAUUGAUGAUUUGAUCUCAAUCCUUAAGCGGGGUAAGAUGGAGGAUGAUCUUCUCGAGUUCUUCCCCUCUACUAAGAGGACGCCUGAAGCUGUCUCUGAGCAUUUCACCAAAGCUGGCCUUUUACCUUUGGUGGAAUAUAAUGAUAAGAAGAUAUUUGAGGUGAGGCUCAAGGAAAUGAAAUCUACAUUAACAACUCAGCUAGCAGAAGAAGUUGCUAUCUCUGAAGUCAUAGAAACUGUGAAGCAACAUGUCAAAGAUGCCAAAUUACCAGAUAUAGAGGUUGUGCGGAUUUUGUGGGAUGUCUUGAUGGAUGCUAUACAAUGGUCAGGAAAGAACCAACAGCAAAAUGCUAAUUCUGCUCUUCGCCAGGUGAAAAAAUGGGCAGAACUGCUGAAUACUUUCUGCACCACUGGAAAGCUUGAAUUGGAACUCAUGUACAAAGUCCAAGUCCAGUGCUACGAGGAUGCUAAACUGAUGAAGCUGUUCCCUGAGAUUGUGAGGUCUCUGUAUGACCAAGAUGUUCUGGCAGAAGAUACCAUUCUUCACUGGUUCCAGAAAGGAACAAACCUCAAGGGCAGGCAAAACUUUGUGAAGUCGCUGGAGCCCUUUGUGAAAUGGCUGGAGGAGGCGGAGGAAGAAGAAUGAAUUUCUCUGAGAAGUGUUUUUGUAUUCCCCUUUUGAGGAUUGAAAAGAAUAAGAAAGACUUUAUGAAUAUUCUCACAAUUUGACAGUUUGUUAUCAUGCUCCUUCACGUUUUAUAAACACAAUCUGUAUGGGUUUGCUUCCCUUGGAGGAUCUUUAUAUUCGCGUGCAUCAAUCGUAUUUUUUUUAAUACUAGGUUUUGAGAAAAUGAUCAACCUCUUUUAAG